AUGAAUAUUACUAAAGAUUAUAAUUUAAAUUCUGGUAAUGAGAGUGAUGAUUAUGUUUGUGGUGCUGCAGAGUAUUAUAGUGAUACAAGAUUUACUUUUUUACUUAUAUCAUCAUUUAUUGCUACAUGUGGAACAAUAGGAAAUAUUAUUCUUUUUUAUGUUUUAACAAAAAAAAAAGAUAACACACAAAAACCAACUUUGUAUCCCUCAGUAUUGGCAAUUCUUGAUUGCCUUUUAUGCAUUGUUUAUAUUUUAAUAUUUGGAAUUGAUGCAAUAAUACAUUAUCUACAUAUUUAUCCAUUAUUUAUCAUAUAUUUUCAAUAUGUAAUUCCAAUAUUUGCAAUCUCAAAAAUUGUCCAAAUUUCAAUGCCUUAUAUGUUAAUAUUUGCCACCAUCGAAAGGUUAAUAUGGACAUUUGGACAAUUAGAAAAUUGGUUAUUAAGAAAAACACAAACAGAAAAGGGAAGGAUAUGGACAAUUUUUUUGACAAUGUUUAUUUGUAUUGUUUCAAGAAGUGUCUACUUUUUUAAUGGAAAAUUAGAAUUAUUUCCAAAUUGUCCUGAUAUUUUUAGAACAAAAGCAGUUGGUGGGGUUGAAUGGUGGAGUGAAGAUUUGAUUCAUCUUGAUUUGAUUACAUUUACAAUUCUUCAAGUUUUUAUUCCAUUCUUUAUUUUGAUUAUAUUGAAUUGUAUUAUCAUAAAACGGAUGGCGGAUAAUGUUAGGAAAUUAACUAAUGAACCGAAUAUGGUAUCAUGUAAAAAAUUAUUAUUUGAACAAGAAGCUACAAAAAUGCCAAAGAAAAUUUCACUAAUAUCUAAUCAUUCAAAAAUAAAAUUGGCAAUAAGUAGAAAUAACUCGUUAACAUCCUCCAUUAGAGUUGAUAAAAAAAUGAGGAGUGCUGUGUUAACGAUGACAGCCAUUGUGGCUUCAUAUCUUAUAAGUAACACUUUAAGUCUCAUUUUGACAAUUUUAGAAAGAACAGAUUCAGACUUGUUAAAAGAUAGUAAUGAUGAAACAUUAGCAUCAACUUUUCAUUCAACAUUUUCAGAUAUUGUGUCAUUUACUUAUAUGUUUACAAGUGCUGUCAGAAUAAUAAUUUAUUACAUAUGUAAUCCUUCAAUACGUACUGACCUAAAUGAAUACUUUAAUAUAUUUUUUAAAAAAAAUUAUAAAAGUGAAAAGAAUUUACCAAUUGCAUUAUAA